GAGUGCUUUGUAAACCUGACAAAGUUUUGAGAUUACAAGGUUUCCACGGAGGAGAAAGACGUGCAUGGAGAGAUUUCUAAUCUACUGGAUCUGCUUUCACUUUGGAGUUGUCGUAUACUUUUACACAUUUCGUGUUCUGGAGUUUGGCAUUGCUGAAUAAUAAUAAUAAUAAUAAUAAUAAUAAUAAUAAUAAUAAUAAUAAUAAUAAUAAUAAUAGAGGCAUUUGGUGGGGGAAAAAAAGUUAUCACUGACUUCUGUUGUCACUGCACAACAUUUCACGUGGGAUCUAUAACGCAGGAGCGGGUUUUUAAAGGGUCCUGUUUUGCACGGUUGUAGCCCACUGAUUUUUCUUCUGCCUUACUGAUUUUGAGAGCUUAAAAGUGGAGUUAGUGGCGUGCUGGUAUUACGCGAGGAGACGUCCCCAAGGGAGCUUGCAUUCCUCGCUUUGAUUCAUCCCAUGCACACGCCUGCUGCAGGGCACAGCCAGAUUGGUUUCUCUGCGACUUUUUAAACUCGAAGCCAGAGGUGAAAAGAAAAAAACGACUUGGUGUAUCAAGCAGCUUUCAGUUCAUGGUACUGCAGAGGUUCUCUGAUGGGAUUAGAGGCAAGAUGGGGUUCCAUGGAAGGAUCAGGAAUUUCCAAUAACAGGAUGUUCACUUGGGGUUGCCUCCUAUGUCUGGCCAUGGUCUCCAUGGCAACACUUUCGUUAGCACGGCCUCCAUACGAUUUGUCAGAAGACACAACUGCAGAACCUGAUGAACCUCCCACCAAAUACCAAAUCUCUGAGCCGGCAGUUAGCUCCUUCCACCCAGGAGACCUGCUGCAGCUGAGAUGCCCUUUGCAGGAGGCUGAGAACAUCACUUGGACUAAGGACGGGAUCAUAUUGGGGUCCAACAAUAGGACAGUCAUUACUAAGGAGUGCUUGCAAAUUAAAGAUGCUACGCCUAAGGACUCGGGCUUCUACGCUUGCAGGCCAGUUAAACCAGUAGGCAGUGGUACUCAUUACAUCAUUGUGAAUGUAACAGAUGCUAUCUCCUCUGGUGAUGAUGAAGAUGACACAGAUAGGUCUGAGGACGCUCCCAGUGACAACCCCAAUAUGAAUGCCCCAUACUGGACCAAUCUGGAGAAAAUGGAGAAGAAGCUCCAUGCGGUCCCAGCAGCCAACACUGUGAAGUUCCGCUGCUCAGCAGGAGGGAACCCCAAGCCUGCCUUGCGCUGGCUGAAGAACGGCAGAGACUUCAAACAGGAGCAUCGCAUUGGGGGCUUUAAGGUCCGACCUCAGCACUGGAGUCUCAUAAUGGAGAGCGUAGUUCCUUCGGAUAAAGGGAAUUACACUUGCAUAGUGCAGAACAAAUACGGGUCCAUCAACCACACCUACCAUCUCGAUGUCGUCGAGCGAUCCCCCCAUCGGCCCAUCCUGCAAGCUGGCCUCCCCGCCAAUGUGAGCGUGUACGUGGGCGAGGAGGCGCGCUUCACCUGCAAGGUGUACAGCGACGCCCAGCCGCAUAUACAGUGGCUCAAGCACAUCGAGAAGAACGGCAGCCGCGUCGAUGCUGAUGGAAAGGCCUACUUCCAGGUCUUAAAGACUGCCGGUGUUAACACCACGGAUAAAGACAUUGAGGUUCUGUGUUUACCGAAUGUAACUUUUGAGGAUGCUGGGGAGUAUACAUGCUUGGCUGGUAAUUCUAUUGGGAUCUCCUAUCACUCUGCAUGGCUCUCGGUUCUACCAGUUCCUGUAGAAGAGUUUAAGAAGGACCUGACCUCCCCUGACUAUGUGGAGAUAGCCAUCUAUUGCAUUGGAGUGUUUCUGAUCGCCUGCAUGGUGGUGAUCGUGGUGGUGUGCCGGAUGAGGACCACGGCCAAAAAACCGGACUUCAGCAGCCAGCCCACGGUGCACAAGCUCACCAAGCAGAUCCCUCUGCGCAGACAGGUAACAGUUUCUGCAGACUCCAGCUCCUCCAUGAAUUCCAAUACUCCCCUGGUUCGCAUCACAACGCGACUCUCAUCUGCCGUGGACACUCCCAUGCUGGCGGGUGUCCCCGAGUAUGAGCUCCCCGAAGACCCCCGCUGGGAGUUUGCAAGAGACAGGUUGACUUUGGGCAAACCACUGGGGGAAGGCUGCUUCGGGCAAGUGGUCAUGGCGGAGGCUCUGGGCAUCGACAAAGACAAGCCCAAGGAGGCAGCGACGGUGGCUGUGAAGAUGCUGAAAGCUAAGGGCUUUGUUUUUGUUCCUUUCGAUUCAGAUGACGCUACAGAGAAAGAUUUGUCUGAUCUGGUGUCCGAGAUGGAGAUGAUGAAAAUGAUCGGAAAACACAAAAACAUCAUCAAUCUUUUAGGAGCCUGCACCCAGGAUGGCCCCCUGUUUGUAAUAGUUGAGUAUGCGUCAAAGGGGAACCUCCGUGAGUACCUGCGUGCCCGCCGCCCCCCUGGGAUGGAGUACUCCUAUGACAUCACCCGCGUGCCGGACGAACAGCUUUCCUUCAAGGACCUGGUGUCCUGCACUUACCAGGUAGCACGAGGCAUGGAAUACCUGGCAUCUCAGAAGUGUAUUCAUCGUGAUCUUGCUGCCAGGAAUGUAUUAGUCACAGAAAACAACGUGAUGAAAAUAGCAGACUUUGGCUUGGCUAGAGAUGUCCACAAUAUUGAUUAUUAUAAAAAGACAACAAAUGGUCGGCUUCCAGUGAAAUGGAUGGCUCCAGAAGCACUCUUUGACAGAGUUUACACCCACCAAAGCGAUGUGUGGUCUUUUGGUGUGUUGAUGUGGGAGAUCUUCACGCUGGGAGGCUCCCCAUACCCCGGCAUUCCUGUAGAAGAGCUUUUCAAGCUUCUUAAAGAAGGACACAGAAUGGACAAGCCUGGCAACUGCACCAACGAACUGUACAUGAUGAUGAGAGACUGUUGGCAUGCCAUUUCUUCACAUAGACCAACAUUUAAACAACUGGUUGAAGACCUGGACCGAAUUCUGUCCUUAACUACGAAUGAAGAGUAUUUGGACCUGUGCGCCCAGGCAGAGCAGUAUUCCCCCAGCUUCCCUGACACACGGAGCUCCUGCUCCUCCGGCGAUGACUCUGUGUUCUCCCAUGAGCUCCUGCCGGACGAGCCCUGUCUUCCCAAGUACCAGCACACCAACGGCAGUGUUAAAACAUGAAGGCAGCCAAGCCUCCACCUCACGGGAGAGGCUUCCAGCAGAGACUGCAUCUCCGGGGACCAAGGCUUCAGUCUGCAACAUGGCUUUUUGUGCCUAACGGACAGACUUUUAUAUGCGCAAGAAUAACAUAUUUUUCAAAAGCUCUUAAACUUUUGUAUUAAGGAGGACUACUGGCAGGAUUUAUGGACACAGAAUUGUAAACAAGUCUUGCUGCAAGCAAUAACCUCUUCCUUCCACAUUUGAAUGGACCACAAUGGACUUGAGGCAAAGGGGAAAAGCCUUCCUUGUUUAUUUUGUAAUAAUGUAUGCCCACACGUAACUAUGGAGCGAUGAAAUGCAGUAUAUAAAGUGUUGGGUAUAUUUGUAAAUAUAUUCAAAUAUGUAUAAAUCUAUAUUAUAUAUUUACAUUGAAUUAUUUUUUGUAUGGAUUUAAGAGAGAGGCCCCCAAUGCACCUAGAAUGAAUUACUCUGUUGGUAAAUUGCCAUCACUUGUGUUGUGUGGCUAAUAUAAUAUCAUGUAUUUCACCUGGGAGAGAGAAGGUGGGAUACUUGCUUUCAGGGAAAAUGGUAGCAUGUUAAUUUAUUGACCUAUGUAGAAAAAACAAAAACAAAAAAAACCUAAAAACUAAAACAAAAAAAUAACCCAUUAUGUAUAUUGUAAUUUAAAAUGCUGUUUCAAUGCAGGUAACAGAAUGAAAUGUAUAGUGGGUAUUUGGAAAGAUUGUGGGUUCAUAUGUAUUUUAAACAAAUGUGAAUAUUAAAAUUGAAAUACUGUAUAUGUUAUAUAUAGUCUGCUAAUUGUUUGCAUAGAAAAUACAAUACUUUGUCAUUAUUACUAUUGUAUUUUGACGUCAAGUGAAGAUUGGUUUUUAAUAUAUAACAAAAGCAUUAUUCAAAUCUUUAUAAAUACCCACUACUACCACAUGUACUACAUUGUUACUUCCUCUAGUCUAAGAGUAGGAUUACUCAAAGUUAUCUUAAGGAGAAAAGAAAACAAAGUAUUAAAAUCUUGUUUUCUACUGGACCAACUAAUGAAAUGUUUCUGCAAGUGUUUCUAACACUUCGGCAAAUUAAAGACAAAUAAGCUGA